AUGACUCAGGUAGGGUUGUUGGCAUGUCAUGCUGGCCUUCUACCCAGCGCCGCCGCACCACACAUCUCAUUAGCGCUUUCCCUUCGCCCUGGCAUAGCGACGUCUCAGGAAAACAACCUCCUUACAAAUUUAUUUGCAUCCGGCCAAGAUUUGCUACGGACGACGGCGGCACCCACAGCCGCUGAGAAAACUCAAGACUGUUUGGCCAUCAUAGACAAGCUAAGGCAGGAAAACCUCAAAGACCUAUACACGCAUUUGUCGUCCCAGCGGGAAGCAGGGCUUGUGUGA